GUUGGCUGACAGUUGGGCCAGACCUCUCCGGUUCAAAUUUCUUAAGUGAGACAUACAAUUCAUAUUUUAACAGUUCCCCUGCCGAAUACUUAGUUGGAGACACGCCUGAAAUCGAGAAUCUUCUACCCCAGGCGAAAAACAAAGGUGAUGGCGGGAAAGGUCGUGGGGGAAUGGGGCCUGGUGGUCCCGCGUGGGCUACCCGCGGGAUGCGUGGAAUCGGGGGACGAGGGAUAGGAGGCAGGGCUGGGUUAACUAGGGGCAUUACGUUUUCUAUCCGUGGUAACCGGGGCUUAAGUAGAG